AUGCUCAAGCUCGUUGCACUCGUUUGCCUGGUUGCAAUCUGCUUCGCUCAGGGACCACAAGGACCCCCUCCGUUCCUGCAAAGUGCUCCAGCGGCUGUUCAACAAGACUUCGACAAGCUCUUCGUCAAUGCUGGCUCCAAGACUGAUGCAGAAAUCGACAAAAUGGUCCUAGAUUGGGUUGGCAAACAAGAUGCAUCCAUCAAGACCGCAUUCGAUGCGUUCGUGAAGGAAGUGAAAGCCGCUCAAGCGCAAGGUGAAGCUGCCCAUCAGGCUGCUAUCGCCAAGUUCAGCGCAGAGGCCAAAGCGGCUGAUGCCAAGCUGAGCGCAAUUGCGAACGACAGGUCGAAGACAAACGCGCAAAAGGGAGCUGAGAUCGACUCGGUACUCAAGGGACUUCCUCCAAAUGUCCGCACAGAGAUCGAAAACGCCAUGAAAGGAUAA